UCUAACUUGGACCUUGACGCUUGAACUUGCUGCAGUCUGUGGUUUGCUAACCUGCUAAAGAUGAGCAACGCACCAGAGGAGAACAACUUGUCGGGACAUCACCUGGAAGACGCCCCGCUUCCAUCUGAUCCUCCCCUGGAGCUCUGCAUCCUGAUGACGGAUCAGGUUGAUUUCCCUUUUCUUAUCAGGAUAGAACUUUCCUCCAAAGACUAUGAGGAAGAUUUUACCGCGGAUGGUGCAGAGAUUGUACCUGGGUUUUCGGUGUAUGACAGGAUAGGGGAUUAUCAUGAGGUUGGUUGGCCUUUUAAUGGUGAGUCUCUUGAUGGGUCUAGUGAAGGCUCCAUGUAUGGUCUCUGCGAUAGCUCUGAGACAGAAGACGAUGACGACGAAGAUGAUGAAGACGAGGACGACGAAGACAAUGACGAUGAAGACGACGAUGACCACCUUCCACCACAGGGCGAAGAAGACCACCAACUUCCAGGGACCGGCUCUGUCUCCAGGAGGAGGACAAGAGAGGAAGACGAAGAUGAAGAGGAGCCCCCUGCGAAGAUGUUUGGUCGUGGGAGGGAAUAGGAAUUUCAUCAAGAAUCUUCCUUUAACUCCUUCAGCAGCUUCUCAAAAUGAAGAGAAGCUAAAGCUUAAGCAGAAGAACCAAACAUUUUACCAUCUUGCUUUGGAUCAUCUUGCAGAAGGAGU